CAACCUGCAAAGUAAGGCUGAAGACUUGAAGAAAUUAUUAUGUGAUAGAAGUUUCCAAACAGGACGCGCGAUGGCGCGCUAACGUACAAAUUUGGGUUCACGAUCAGCAUCCCUUCAAUGAAUGAAGGUUUUUAGCAGUGAGUGCGUCUAAAAUCAGCUUGUUUCUGUCUUGCGUUUGUAGAAACGUUUUAUCCACAGGCUGGUGUAUGUAGCGACGAGAAAGCUAAACGCUGACGAUAAACAGAGUGCAAUUGCAGAAUACUAUGAGCAAUUUUUGUCGAAAUUCCAGAAAAACACACAGACUGAGAAAGUCACUGGCAUACUGCUAUUAUAUCCCAAAAGUAUCAUUCAUUUGAUGGAGUCCUCUUCAGAAGUUCUCCACAUGAUUCUGGAAGAUCUGAAUGACAUGGAGAAAAGCCCAAACUGCCCACUGAAGGAGGUGCGUAUCCUGGUGGUGUCUCAUUGUGUGCUGAGACGUAUGUUCCCGUUGUGGGGCUACCGCUUCGUGACGCUGCCCCUCAGCCUCCAGGACCCCAACCCACAGACCCAGCCCGUGGAGACCCUAGUCCCAGACAGCCUGGCCAUGAUCUACAAGAUGUGUGUGUGUCUACUCAAACGCAGGGGUAGCGGUUCAGGCCAGGAUGAUCAGGAGCAGGCUCUUCGGUUAGAGGAGGAUACAGUCAUCUACCUCUGUCAGAGUACAGUGCUGCACUCCCCAUCCACCUUCCUACAAACCUACACCAAGGCUACCAACAUCCUCAUGGAUUCCGAAAUCGUGUGGCCGACACACCGCAGACUUUACUGGUAGCAGGAGAAUGAAGAAAUGACUACUAGACAUUCGUCCUCCCAUCAGUAACACCAA